AUGAACGGCAGCACGACGACGGUGAAUGGUGGCGCCGUCAACGGUAGCAACGGAGCUAUCAACGGAAUCGGAGCUGCACCACGUACCGCAACUCUUGGAACGCCUAACAGUUAUGCAUACACGUCCAGUGGUUCGUUACUCGGGCGUGGUGGUUCAGCCAGACCCGUACCGCCUCCGACCCUCCCGAAAUACAGCGGAUCGUUUAGUGCAGGAAGCAGUCUUAGUGCAACAGGAUUGAGAGAUCGGGACAGAGAAGGAACAGGUGGAUCUCAUAGAUUGGCUAGUCUCGAAAGAUUGGCUCUUCGGCAGCGUAUUAUUGAACAAAAUGCAAAUAAUCAGGUGGCGAGUGUGACGUCUAACAAUACUACUGGUCCUACCUCAGCUACAGUCACCCUUACCGAUACGGCAACGUUGCAGAGUAAGCGGGAGCUGUUUUUUAAAUCGGACACAGUGAGCGGCGGCGGGGUGAGUGCCACGGGUCUGCCAAAUGCCGCGCCGCCGGUUCCGCCGAUGGCACCAUCAGCCCUUAAAGACGCUCUCGCUAAACGUUCUGCGACUUUGCCCGAUCCGCCAGAAAGUGGGCACCAUGAGCCAAAUGGAACUGCUGCAGUGAAGCUCAGUAAUAGCGUGUCUGUGGAAACAGUAGGAAAAACGUCUUCUAUGCCUCCUCAAAUGCCUGCACCGCCGGUACCCACAACGGCACCACCUCCCGUCACCGCUCCCUUAAGGAGUACGGAGAACAUAAUGAAGAAAUCUGACCACCCACCAGUUGCACCGAAACCAGACCUACCUAAGAUAGAAAAGCCAAAAACCAAAGAAUUAGAUGGGUAUGUUGGGUUUGCAAAUCUACCAAAUCAAGUGUACAGGAAAGCGGUCAAGAAAGGAUUCGAAUUCACGUUAAUGGUUGUAGGUGAAACGGGAUUGGGCAAAUCGACAUUAAUUAACUCUCUGUUUUUGACGGAUGUGUAUGAUAAAGACAAGCAUCCAGGACCUUCACUACGCGUUAAGAAGACCGUGGGCGUUGAAACUAGCGUGGUCCUUCUAAAGGAGAAUGGUGUCAACCUCACUCUGACAAUUGUCGACACGCCGGGAUUCGGUGAUGCUGUGGACAAUAGCAAUUGCUGGCAACCUAUAAUCGACUUCGUAGAAUCGAAAUAUGAAGAAUUCUUGAACGCAGAGUCACGGGUGACUCGUAAAGCUGCUCCGCCAGAUACGCGAGUCCAUUGCUGCCUGUACUUCAUAGCGCCCAGCGGGCAUGGGCUCAAACCGCUCGAUGUAGAGUUUAUGCAGAGACUCAGCGACAAAGUCAAUAUUAUACCCGUGAUCGCGAAGGCCGAUACGAUGACGCCCGAAGAAUGCAAGGAUUUCAAAGAACAAAUUCUGAAGGAGAUCGCGCAGCACAAGAUCAAGAUCUACGACUUCCCGGAGAGCUCGGGCGAGGAGGGCGAGGGCGCGGACGCGGCGCGGGCGCUGCGCACGCGCGUGCCCUUCGCCGUCGUGGGCGCCAACUGCGUCGUGGAGCUGGACGGGCGGCGCGUGCGCGGCCGCAAGUACCCCUGGGGCGUCGCCGAGGUCGAAAAUUUGGAGCACUGUGAUUUCCUGGCGCUUCGCAACAUGGUGAUUAGGACUCACCUUCAGGAUCUUAAGGACGUGACCAGCUCCGUGCACUAUGAGAACUAUCGCUGCCGCAAGCUGGCCGGCCUCUCUCACGAUGGAAAACCGCACAGGAUUAACUCUAACAAUUUCUGCCCGCAAGGACUGAUGAACAGUUUCAUGACCGUGUGGAAUCCUCUGGCUCAGAUGGAAGAAGAGAAGAGAGAACACGACCUUAAAAUGAAGAAAAUGGAAAGUGAUAUGGAACAGGUGUUCGAGCUGAAGGUGCGCGAGAAGCGGGCGAAGCUGAAGGAGUCGGAGACGGAGCUGGCGCGGCGGCACGAGGCCACGCGGCGCGCGCUGGAGGCGCAGGCGCGCGAGCUGGACGAGCGCGCGCGCGCGCUGGCGGCCGAGCGCGCCGCCUGGGAGCGCGACUCCGGCCUGUCGCUGGACGAGCUGCGGCGCCGCUCGCUCGAGGCCAACAGCCGGGAGACGGUCGACGGCAAGGAUAAAAAGGAUAAGAAAAAGAAAGAUUGGUCAUUUAAGAAUGUCACAUCCGGAAUAUCUAUAUAAAGUAAGAAGAUCUAUUUAUUUACCCCGUAAGACUAAUUAAUAAAGACCAAGGUUUGUAAUAAACGCUGAAACAACGAUUAUAAAAGACUAAUAAUAUAAUAUAAAACAUUCGAUACCAAA